GAAAUAAUCAAAGUUUUCACUGUGUUGAAAGAGGAACACGAGCCUCAAUUAAACCCGAGUGCAGCCACAGAAGGAAACUUUAUCAGGAUCUAACUUUGGGAUUUGAAGAUGAGACGCGACGUCGUUCUGCUGGCUGUGUGUGCAGCUGUGUUGUGUGUGUGUGAUGGUGUUACAUUCGGUCGGCUCUGCAGUGGAAACUCUGCUAACAGCAGGAGGGUGACUGACAUUUGGGGAAAUGGAAAAUACGGAGCCAGUCGGGGGAGCAGGGGCCACGAAGGUCUGGACAUCGUGUGCAGCGACGGAUCGAUCGUCUACGCUCCGUUUGACGUGACUCUCCAUGGAAAACUCACCGUCUACAGCAACGCUUCCACAAAGACGGCCAUCAACAGAGGCAUCAAGCUGAGAGGGGAGGGUCUGUGUUUCAAGUUGUUCUACGUGCAGCCGGAUCAAACCUCGGGCUCGGUGCAGAAGGGGCGGCGGCUCGGCGUAAUGCUGCCCAUGCAGACCGUUUACCCCGGAAUCACCUCACACGUCCACGUCCAGAUGUGUAACCGGACGGACCCCACGCCGUACUUCUGAUGAACGCAUCAAACACUGCUAUGUGUCCACAUUUCAUCUCUUUUUAUCGGCUGUUAAAAACUAAUAACAUUUAAAGUUUCGUUGUCUUUCUUUACAGCUUUUCAAAUAUGUGAUGAAAAUAGUUAAAUCCUCAGAAAGUGGAAUAAAAACGUUUCAUUAAACUCACCAA